AUGGCAAUGGAAGGAUGGCAACUUCAAGUCAAAAACGAAAAGGGUGAUGGUAUCGGCAAACGAGGCUUUGAGAAGGUUGAAGCACAUGCGUCCCAAUUGAGACGAGGAAAAGUUGUGCCCAAGCGGGAUGAGAAUAGUAGGCGUUCAGUAUCCAUAGCAGACAGGUCCUACCAGAAGAACCGGGGUCAACUUUAUGUCUGCCUUUCUGAACGCGUCAUUAUCAUCGCGUCCUCGUCACCACGUCCAUCCCUCGCGUUAUUCGCUCCAUAUACCCUUAAUUCCAUCUCUACUAAUGCCAUACUAUGUUUAACUCCACUCCUUUGCAACCUCGGCUACCCAAACAUCCUCGAAUUAACAAUCAAGAUGACUUACUUUGUCCUCACCAACAUUACCCCACCUUCCACUCCCAUCGCGAUACGCCCACCAUUCCUUACUAUCAACCAAAAUCUAUCCUACACCACCCCACAACGUCCACUUGCCAGCCAGAAGCCCCGGAAAAUCUAUCGAAAUGGCUAUGAAUCGAAGCCCAAGACACCGUCAUACAAGCUCAACAAUCCAGGACAUCCUCGACAAAAGGCCUUUGCCUUCUCCAACUUCCAGCGACUCUCCGCACGAUGCUGGAAUGAACAUUCCGGUUCAAACAUUAAAUGUACCUUUCUUCAUUCUGGUGCAAACGGCAAAGCGGAACUUGAGGAAAUUGCUCGUGGCGGGGAGAAACAUGUCAUCUACACAUGUGUUGAGAUGCUCGAGACGCCUGGUAUUGCACAGGUGUUUUCAUCAAAACCAAGCAGAGUAUAUGGAGCAGAUAACGCGAGGGAUGGACGUGGCGACGAGGACGCGAUGAUAACGACGCGUUCAGAAAGGCAGAAUAAAGCUUACAUAACCGCCAAGAAAUUGGCGAAGACAAAGGCAAACUCGUAA